GAACGUGAACACUUCCUUUUUGUUGCGAGUGUAAAGGGACAGUGAGCAGCAGUAUCCAGUAACUACAGCGGACACGCAAUUAUUGGGUCAGAUGUUAGUUGCAGCCUAAUGUGAGGAGCAUAACUAAGGUUAGGGUUACACACAGUAUGCACUCUGGAAGGUCCAUUUGUUUGUCCUACAGCCAAGUACGCCAUAUAUGACAAAGAUUCGAAGGUGGAUUGAGUGAAACUUUGUCAUCGAUCCUCCCAGUACAUCCAUGUGUAUAAUUUUCUUCAAGUUUGACCCCCGGCCUGCGUCCAAAAAUGCCUACAGGCUAAUUUUGGCUGCAAACAGAGAUGAGCUCUACAACAGGCCGUCCAAAGCUGCCGACUAUUGGGGGACCAAUAGUGAGAUCCUCAGUGGCCUGGACCUGGAAAAUGGUAAGGAAGGUGGAUCAUGGCUAGGGAUCAGCAAGCGGGGCAAGCUGGCUGCAAUCACCAACUACAUGGAAGGACGGAUCAACCCUGAUGCACAAGGAAGAGGAUUUCUUGUGUCUAACUACCUUAUGGAUAAGGAUCAUGACAGCUACUCCUACCUGAAGAAGGUGUCGACAGAAAGCCACCUGUACAACGGCUUCAACCUUAUCACAGCGGAGUUCAAAGCCAAACAAGACAUUGUGUGUUACUAUGGAAACAGAGGCAGCCCUGAACCCAUCCAUCUAAAACCAGCAGGAAUCUAUGGCUUGAGUAAUUCGUUGCUGGACACGCCAUGGAGGAAACUGCUACAAGGCAAGCGUCACUUCACCAGCGUUGUCAGCGACCAGUCCCUGUCCUGCGAUGGACUGGUGCAAGAGCUGCUCAACGUCCUCAAUAAUGAGGAGCUGAACACACCUGAUCCAGCUCAGGAGAGCCAGGGGGAUGGCUACAGCAAGGACAUGAUCCAGGCUCUGUCAGCGGUGUGUGUUCGCUCCCCUCAUUAUGGCACAAGGACCAACACAAUUAUUCUGAUCGACGCAGAAGGCAAUGUGACCUUCACAGAGCGCACCAUGCCCAACUGUGACACAACAAGCAAAUGGAACACCAGUUCUUUCCAGUUCAAACUGCAGGUGUGAAGACGUGAUGGAGGAAACCCACUCUGUGCCUUUUACACCCCCCCCCCCACCCCCAGCAGCUAUGCGAACGUGAACACUCAUCUGAACUUUUUCUACAGCUGGUCGGCACUAGCUGCCUCAUUGACAUCAGUGAUAUGUAUUUCUUAUUCUUAAUUUAAGGUAAAAUCUUUUGAAAAUGUGUUCUAAUUUAAAAGAUUGCCAAAGAACAUUUAUAAUUUUGUAGAGGACAAUAUUUUACCUACAUGUCACAAAACAGCAGGGUUGGGAUGCUUCAGUAGGUACAAUUACAUUACAGAUUGCUGGUGGACUGCUUUGAACUGCAAUCAAAACUAAUAUUAUUUUAUUAUUGUUGGUGUCAGAUUUAUCUUUAAAUCCAUGAUAUGGAGUGAAUAUAUUCUUUAUGCACAAUUUCCAAUUUAAAAUUAUUUUCUGUUAUACACAAUGGGAAUUCAUGGGGUUACCCGUGGUGUAAUCUGAGUUAAGGUCACAGUAAUUGUCAGACAUUACCAGCUACUUUUUAAAUUCCUGAUACUGUAGCCCUGUUACAAUUAAUGCAUUAGUUAUGCCCCAACUCUGCACCACAGUGGUCUCAGUGUUACGUACAACACAUUUCAAUGUGAAAUGCAGAAAGUUUCAGGCUGUGGAUCUCUGACAACUUCCGUGGUUGAAUAAUGCCUUUUACAGCUGCUUAACAAUAAAAACAAUUUAUCUAAACGCUA